AUGAACAAAAGCAUUGAUUGCUGUUCAUGGGAGAGAGUGAAAUGCAACAACGUGACUGGUCAUGUAAUCGGCUUCGAUCUUAGUCAGAGUUGCGUUGUUGGUUCUCUCUUUGCAAACAACAGCCUCUUUGUUGAGUUUAGUUCCCAUGCAAAGGUGGCCAUGCACGACAUGCAAAGGUGGCCAUGCUGGAAGAAAUGGCAGCAGGCAAUUGAUCUGUGUCUCGAGGCUUGCUGUCCAAGCAAAGCUUCAGCAGCUUGCUACUACCUCCAACACCAACACUCUUUCAACUUCAAAAACCUCCAAUGGCUUGACUUGAGUUCCAACAACCUUAGAGGCUCUCUUCUAGAGAACACUAGCAACUUGUUUCACGUUAAUGGACUCCAACGACUCAACCUUGCUGAUAAUGAUUUCAAUGGCACCAUCUCAUCGAAGUUUUUUAGCCAGUCGGUGAGUUUAACCCAUCUUGAUCUCUCUUUUAAUGGGCUCUUUGACUUAAUCUCAAGAUUUGAUGGCCAAGGUUUUGACACGCUUGCAACAAACUUGACCAAAUUAAGAAACCUUGCACUUAAUGGUGUAGAUAUGUCUGAUGUUGCACUUACUUCCUUUCUAAACUUGUCUUCAUCACUUGAACAUUUAAGUCUCUCAUAUUCUCAAUUACACGGGGAAUUUCCAACUCAAGUUUCUCAGCUUCCAAACCUCAAAGUUUUAGAUUUAAGUGAGCAUGAAAAUCUCACAGGUCCACUUCCGAUAACUAUCUUAAACCUCACAAAAAUUACCCAUUUGGAUUUGUCAAAUAAUCACUUGGAAGGCCCCUUUCCAAAUCAUUUUAGUGAGCUUCAAUUUCUAGAGGUACUUGAGUUAUAUAAAAACUCUAUAAGUGGUGGAGUACCAUCUUGGCUGUUUUCUCUGCCAUCUCUUCCACUCUUGGACCUUAGUUAUAACAAACUAGUUAGUCCCAUUGAUCGAAUUCAGAAGCCUAGUUCCAUCCAAGAUGUUAAAUUGAGUUAUAAUAACAUUGGUGGUUCGAUACCGUGUUCCAUUUUUGAUCUUGUGAACCUUACUUCACUUGAUUUGUCAUCAAACAACUUGAGUGGUCCAAUACCAUAUUUCAUUUUUGAUCUUGUGUACCUUAGUUAUCUUGAUUUGUCAUCAAAUAACUUGAGUGGUGUGAUCAAGUCAGAUAUGCUUUCAAAACUCACGAGUCUUGAAGUUCUUGAUGUUUCAAGUAAUAGUUUAUUAUCAUUAAGCACAAGCGGCAAUGAUGUGAACUAUUCUUUCCCCCGGCUAUGGGAAGCUGAAGGGUGGGAAGGAUUGCAAUACUUGGACCUUUCUCAUAACUUUUUGAUUGCUUUGGAGCAAUAUCCAGGAAACAAUUUGGAUUAUCUCAACCUUCAUUCCAACUUGCUUCAAGGACCAAUUCUUUCAACUUGCUUGAAUCCUCAAAUUCCAAUUUUAAAGGAGUUGGAAGUGCUUGUUGGUGCUCUUGAUGCUGAAAUGCUUUGUUCUUCCAUGGAACACUGGAUUUUUAGCAAUUGCUACAGCAGAUUGGUUGUCACAGAAGAUCUCAGUAGCUUCCUCUUGAUGCACAUUCAACUUGUUCAAGGUACCAUCAGCAUUCUGCUUGGCUUUGUACACCCAUUUUACCCCAAUCACCUUCCUUUUGACUGGCCUUUCAACCAAUUCCCAGUCAAUGGCAUUGUUCCUCUGACUAGUUCAUCAUCAAUGUCCAUUUCUGGAACAUUUUGGUCUGGCUCAGCUUGGAUCCAAGAUCCUAUAGCCCUUUUUAACAGUGCUGUAGCCCACCAGUACAGCAGGUUAAGCCCUUUCAGACAAUUUGUCCCUUUUAACAGCAGCCUUGCUCUUGCAGACUCUCUCAUGACCCUUCUUCUUACAAUGCUGACAUACAGCUUCUGGAUUAAACCAGCACUUUUCUUCUGGAUGACCAACCCUUCUGCAGUGCUUGCAAGUCUGACCUUCUCUCCUUGCAGCAUCAUUCUUUGGCUUGUCUCUCCAGGCCUUCUUGCCUUUGUAGGCAGUUUUCUUCUUCCUUCAUCUUCAAAUUCUCGAAAUCUCUCCUCAAGUUCAACAACUGUUGUCGCUUUGUCCUCUCUCCCCUUGAAGCUCUUCCUGCAACUUGUCCCAGUUCUGUUUUGUGGUUCUGGUUCAACAUCUGAGUUGACCACCUCCCACAGAUCGUAUGCCUGCAGGUUUCCUAGUUGGUUAGCUUCGCUUCCAAGUCUGCAAGUUCUUAUACUGAGAUUUAAUAGAUUUUAUAGAUUAUUACCUCAUUCCAUAUUUCCAAUGGAGGCUAAAAGGGUGAAGUUUGAGUUAGUGUUGAUUGUCAUGGCAAUGGCAAUGGGGGUGCUAGUUUUGAGUCCUAGUCUUGCGGAAGGUGCAUUCGGGAUCCAGCUCAAUCCAUGCACUCUCGAUCAAUGUAUUGCUGCAUGUAAAAAGAUUUUGCAUGAGAAAUUCCUUAGUGCAACUUGUGCUUCAGGCCCUCAAGGGAAAUACUGCAUCUGCUUAGGAAACACCCCUUCUUCUAUUCGCAAUUUGAGCUCACUUGGUGUUCUGGACUUGUCCGAAAACAACUUGAGUAGGAUUAUUCCUGAUUGUCUUGGAAAUCUCAACCAUCUCCAGCUCUUUGAUUUGCAAAUGAAUAACUUCAUUGGCGAGAUCCCUAAUUCUUUUGUGAAUAAUCAAUUGACCCAUCUUGUAUUCAAUGACAAUCAAUUGGACGGAUUAGUACAGCCAUCUAUGGCUAAUUGUACUUCAUUUAAACUUUUAAAUUUAGGUAACAACACCUAAACGGAUAGGUUUCCUCGUUGGUUAGCUUCGCUUCCAAGUCUGCAAGUUCUUAUACUGAGAUUUAAUAGAUUUUAUAGAUUAUUACCUCAUUCCGGCACAUUAUCCACGAAACUCUUACGAAAUUUAAUAGCAAUGAAAGAUGAGUGGUUAUACUCCUCAGCAAGCUUUGUUAUUUAUGAAAUUCAUGUGAAUGUAACAAUGAAAAGAUUGGAUAUGGAAUUGACAAAGACUCUGCCCAUUUUUGCAUCUAUGGACUUGUCAAACAACCAAUUUUAUGGAAAAAUUCAGGAGGACAUCGGGCAACUUAUUUCUUUGCAAAUGCUCAACUUCUCUCACAACUUCAUUGGUCCUAUCCCGACAUUGUUUGGAAAUUUGGUAGCACUUGAAUCAUUGGAUCUUUCAUCAAACAAGCUCAGUGGCAGGAUUCCUUCUGAAAUGACAAAGCUAACAUUUCUUGAAGUAUUGAAUCUUCCAAAUAACAAUCUUGUUGGACCGAUUCCUCAUGGGUAUCAAUUUGAUACCUUUGAUAAUGAUUCCUACAGUGGUAACUUGGGAUUGUGUGGAUUACCACUAUCCAAACAAUGUGUCAACCAUGAGGGGCCGAAUCGCCUUCACCAUUGGUGGUGGAACAUGAAGGUUUUGAAAUACCCUUCUUUUGGCAAGUUGUAA